AUGUUUCGUUCACCCUUUGGCGGCCCAGGCCAUCAUGGCAGCUUUCGUCAUGAUCCUCAUACCUGUCAUCGCUUCGAAAACGGCCGCCCUGCCGUCAAUGUCAAUAAUUACAGCUACCCCCCAGACCACGAUGCCGGACGUCUCCUCGCCCUCUCGAAUCAGCACGCUUGUGACCCCAACAGCAGCCAGUUCCCAUCUCAUCUCGUCUCUGCCCACGCCGCUCGCCGGCUCUCGUAUCCCCACCUCCAAACCCGCUGCACCGUCAUCCUCCCCUCCGGCGAACGCGCCCUGGUCGAUCGCCACCACCUCGUCACCCUCCUGCCCCGCACCCGCAACGCCCCCAGCGCAGGCCGCGGCGCCGUCUUCGACCUGUCGGCCUUCCUCGCAGACUACACCCCUAACCUCGACGAUAUCCCUGCGGCCCUCUUCGUUCCCGGCUUCCAUGCCGCCCUCACCUUCGUCAUGCGCCACGUCGAAGCCCUCUCCCUGCGCACCGCCGCCGCCGCCGCCAGCACACCCCCGAGCCCCCUCUUCGCCCGCCAGCGCGCCCUCCUCGCCAACGUCCCGCCCCGCGACGAGCCGCCCCUCGUCUUCGACCUCUUCCAGCACGCCCUCUUCGCCUGCUGCGCCCUCGACCAGGACCGCGCCCUCGGCUGCUGCGACGCCCUCGGCCUCGAGGUCGUCACCUGGCUGCUCGACCUGCUGCCGCGCGUCCAGCGGUACGGCACGCGCGAGGCCGUCGUCUACCUGUUCGUCGGCCUGGCGAGGGUGUUUCGCGCGACGACGACGACGACGACGGGCGGCGGCGGCGGCGCGCAGGUCGCUGUGCUGGGGCGCUUCUGGAACGCCCUCGAGCCGGACGAGCGUGCUGUCGCCGGCGCCAUCGUUGGGGACGGGGCUGGGGGCGCGGGCCGUGGGGGCAACGCGGCGAGGGUGUUGCAGGCGCUGCGAGGGCUGAGGAAUGCCGGGGUUGUGGAGUGA